GGGGAAGCCGUUGAGGCGGCGCUGCCCGCCCAUUCUUUCAGCAGCGCGCGGCGCACAGGCGGUGGCGUGUUCCCGCGCGGGCCUGUGAUCCCCGCGGCCCUGCGCCAUGAGCCUGCCCCUCAACCCCAAGCCCUUCCUGAACGGGCUGACGGGCAAGCCGGUGAUGGUGAAGCUGAAGUGGGGGAUGGAGUACAAGGGCUACCUCGUCUCCGUCGAUGGCUACAUGAACAUGCAGCUUGCAAACACGGAGGAGUAUAUAGAUGGUGCGUUGUCUGGACACCUGGGUGAAGUUUUGAUAAGGUGCAAUAAUGUUUUGUACAUCAGAGGUGUGGAAGAAGAGGAAGAAGAUGGAGAAAUGAGAGAAUAGGAGUUUUGUAUGUCUGGAAAUAAACUUUUCUCUUUUUUUUGUGGUUUUUUUUCAUAA